UGACAAAAAAGCGCGCUUCUUCUCUUCAUUCUCGAAUGGCAUCGAAAGUUGUUCUUCCCAAAUGGGCGUCGAAGCCAUGCAUGAUGGGAAUCGACGAAGCUGGAAGAGGUCCCGUUUUAGGUCCCAUGGUCUAUGCUUGCUUGUACUGUGCUUCCUCCUACAUGAAAACCCUAGCUACCUUGAGUUUUGCGGAUUCUAAGACACUAAAAGAAGAGAAGAGAGAAGAAUUGUUUGACACCUUAAAAUCCAAUGAUUCUAUUGGAUGGGAUGUUGAUGUCAUUGACCCGCGGGAACUCUCUGCUAAAAUGCUCAAAAAGAACAAGAUAAACUUGAAUGAGAUAUCACAUGAAUCUGCCAUGGGUCUCAUCGAUAGGGUACUCAAAAUGGGAGUGCUUCUAACUGAGGUUUAUAUAGAUACAGUUGGAGAUGCAGGGAAAUAUGAAAUGAAGCUGUCUAAAAUUUUUCCAUCUAUCAAAUUUGUGGUUGCAAAGAAGGCGGAUAGUCUUUAUCCUGUUGUCAGUGGUGCAAGUAUUGUAGCAAAGGUGACAAGGGACCGUGCUUUAAAAGAAUGGGUGCUUGAUGAGACCGCUGAAAACAUGCAUAGGAACUUUGGCUCUGGAUAUCCCGGAGAUCCCCAAACCAAGUCUUGGCUAGAACAUCACAGACACACUAUCUUUGGGUUUCCAACAUUGGUCCGAUUUAGUUGGGGAACCUGCAACACUUAUUUUAAAGAUAUUGCAGAAGUGUUAUGGGAGUCUGACAAUUUGGAUGAAGAUGGUUGUAGCACCAAUAAUAAUGGCAAGCGGCAAUUAAAAUUAAGCAAUAUGGGUUUCACCACAUCCAAGAGAAGUGAAGAAAUAGAAUCAAGUGGUAAAGGACGCUCUAGGUUUUUUCAGGCUCGGAAACUUGAGCACCUCUCUUCCUUUUAAAAGCGAUGGAUAAUUAUGGUUCCCUCUCUCUGCAUUUCUCCGAUAACUUCUAGCUAUGUGAAACUAUAUAUUAUUAGAAUAUUUCAUCUUUGGAUAGCAUUUUCUGUAUAUACACUUUGUCUAACAAGAUGUGUACCAGUAUUGUGUCAAUUUAAUUAGUAUAAUUGAUAUUUAC